CAAAGUGGUCGAGCAGCCCACCAGUCUCUUCCCAACCACCACCACUCCGAUUGCUGGCCUCACCCUCUCGUACCAGCACUCCGCAGCAUAUUCAAAAUGCUGUCCUGGGCAACUCUGAAGACACUCCUCUUCACACUUGGGCCUCUCUUCCUGCCCAAGCUCAUCACCUACUAUCGCAAUCUGCGCGCGCAUUCCCAAUCCCACAAUGUGCCCAUCCGACCCGUGCCAUCCCACGUCUCUAUCGCUCUCAACCUGCUCCUCAUCAGCUUCACCCUCGCGCUUCUUUCCACCUUUCCCUAUUUCGCACCGGCCAACAUAUUCUCCCUGACGGGCUCGCGCCUGCAAACACCCACCGACGUCCUCUUCAGCCGACUCGCUGCCCUGCGACCACUCACGCCGUCCGACGAGAUUCUCAAGACGAAACUCAUCAACAUGGACUCGCGCUUACUCUACCUGACCCACGGACCAGACACGCUCGUGAACUGCGAGUUCUGCAACUCCGAGGAGCCGCUGACGUACCUGUACUAUGCCAUCCCCGCUCUUCUGGCGCCGCAUUUACUGCACAUUGGACUCCUGGGCCUCGUCACAUCGCCGCUGUUGUCAAAGAGCGAAGGGCGCAUCUGGCGCACGAGCGCGACCAUUGCGGGCAUCGGCCUAGCUGCGGCAGAGGUGUAUCUGAUUAUCAAUUAUGAUGCAAAAGUAGCAAACACGGGCGCACUACGCGUUGGGGAUAUUGAUGCCUUUUACUGGCGCAGAAAGGUCUAUCGUGGCCUCGGCCUCGCGGUGCUGGAUGCCCUGCUGGGAUGGGGCAUGUAUCUGUCCUCGACGAAUAGGCUGUUCGUGACGCCCCCGCCCCCGGCGAUGCGCAUUGAGAAUAGUACGAAGAUGCUCGAAGCGGCGCAGAGGAAGCUCCAGUCUCUCGGCAUGAUGCGCAAUGUGAUUCUUCGGGAUGCCCCGCUCAGAUCGCUCAUGGAGAAGUAUUGGAUCGCGGAGGAUAAAGUGAUGACGGAGAUUUUCGAGGAUCGGGAAGUCGUGGAUGGAAUGAACGUUGCGCUGGGACGGACAAAUGUCGAUGUCAUCAUGGAUGAUGCCGAGAAGUAUGCGACCCGCAUUGUGAGUGCGGUUCCAGGCGGAGAGCCAGAUACCUGAGCUGUCCUCCGUUUUUGUGUCUUUUUUUUUUCUGUGAUUGCUAUUUUGGACAUGGCGCAUCUUGCAUCAACGGCAUUGACUGUUUCAUUGCAUAUAGACAUACUAUGGAGUACUUUUUGUCAUUGGGUUUAGAUGUCUUAUUAUUUUUUGUAGUAGCAUAGGUC